GGGAGACAGGGGAGCCCGGAGUAAGUCUUCAACCGAAACCCAACACAGCGACAGUUAUUGUCCUGAAAUAACAGCAGGAUUUAGACAGUUUGACGCGGCAGAAGCUGCUGAACACCGAGCCGAACUGUUUAGCUAACCCGGGAAGGCGUUUCGGGCUAGAAAGUUGACGGUGUUUAGGUGAACUUGUCCCGAGUUGUUGUGGUGGAUGUUAGCGACGACAAAACAGGACGAGGAAUAAUGCUGGUGCCGCCGGCGUCUGUGUUUUGACCCAGCUCCAGUUUCCCCAGACGCACGGGAGAAGGAAAAGAAAGGGUAAAGAAGGAGAGAAAGCGGGACGGACGGAGGAGAAAUGGCCGAAGCACGGUCCGAAGAAGAGGAGGAAAACAUAAUGAGGGACACCCGGGAACAAGUGGUCCGACGACAGCCGAACAGCUCCGGAGGUCGUCCUGACAGGCGUAAGCCAGAGCAUCGUCACAGCCAGGGUCCUCUCUCAUCCAUCAGAGCAGCCAUCAAGAGAACCUCCACCAGGUCGACAUCUCUCUCUGAGUCGUCCCGAGACAGAGAGCGGGACAGAGAGCGAGACAGGGACAGGGACAGAGACAGAGACAGAGACAGGGACAGGAGGCGGCCAGAGAUCACCAUCCUGUCAGCAGAACCGCUGGCCUCCACAUCCUGGUUUCCUGGAGCUUCUGGAGGAUUCCCACCUCCGCCUCCUCCUGCUGCACAGAUCUGGGGCCCCACAAUCCCUCCGUCCAUACAGCCUCCUCCUUCCUAUGAGGAGGUGAUCAGGGAGAAGACACAGGAGCAGGGUCUUCUACCCUCUUCCUCCUCCUCUUCCUCAUCACGUCCAGCUUCUACAAUAACAAUCGCCACGCAGACUGACCCAGGAUCUGCCCCCGAUCCCCCAGACUCACAGGUGAGAGGACCGGUGAGACCGCCACGGCCGCCUCUCCCUUACCCUCCCAAACCGUCUCAUGUUGAUGAUGUCACCAUCAUUGCCAGCCAAUCAACACUAACCUCUCUUGACAGUGAGAGAGCAGUAGCAAACACACACCCUGAGACGGUCACACACACCGCUGCCCACGCACCGUGCUGUGACCUGCUCACUGAACUUUGCUCACCUUUGGCCUCAACCUGCGGUGCUCAAACUGACCAAUGGGAUCGGUCUUCUGCAGCUGUUGACGUGGCAGCUCCUGCUACCACUUCCUCUCACGUCCUGUUGGAGCGGCCCAGGCCACGUCCCCGUUCCAGGCUCAGUGUACAGCCAAUCAGCAGCGAGGUCAAAGUUCAGACUUUGGUGAAACUGCGCGAGGACGGUUUGGCUACGCUAGCUUCCCGUGCAGGAGCUGACAGCGCAAACCAGGGAGCGAAUCAGGGGAAGUACCUUCAAGAGCUGCUCGAGGCCUUCAGCGCAGACGACUGGGGCUUCCCUGAUCGCCGCAGCGACAGCAGUGGCCACAGCCAAUCAGAAAGUGAGGAGGGAGACGGGGAAGAGGACGAGGAGGACAUGGCAACUCUGAAAGCGAGGAUACAAGCCUUUGAACAGCAGCAGCAGGUGGCCGAUGGGAGCUGUGGAGACAGUAACAACAGAGAUUUUGUUGCUACAAAGAGACCUGAACCCCGGCCACGCCCUCGUCUCCAGGGGCAACCGGCCAAAUCUGCCCCCCCCACUGUUGCUCCAAAACCCAAAAACCUUUCACAUGCCCCCAAACCAUCUACCAAGGUAUUCUGGGAAGAUGCUGGUUUGACAGCCGAGGCAGCAGACUCAGGUAGCACUGAGGCUUUGAGAACAACUGAGAGUCCGUCCCCAGAAAACCCUAAACCUCAAACCGCUACCGAAACAACACCUUCUUGUCCUGCGAAAUCUGCUCCAGCUUUGGCACCCCAUCCCUGCAAAAGCACUGAAAAACCCUCAGUAACACCCAAACCGCAGUUUGCCCCAGAAACCCUCCAGUCUAGUACCCCUUCCCCUGCUUCUGCCCCUGUCCCGGCCCCUAGGCCCCCUCCACCCAAACUCACCCCCUCUGUCAGUGAGACUCCCUCCUUGGCAAACCCCAAACCUCCACCCAGACCUGCAGUCGCCCCCAGGGCCAGUGUAGGAGCUCCACACCAGGAUAAGAGCACCGCAGCCGGGCGCACCACCCCAACUAUGCCCCCAAGACCCUCUGUGGAGGUCAGCAGCGGGGGCCAACAGACAGAGACUCCGGCUGGAAGUGAUGAGACGCACGACCCUGCGAACCCAACUGUGAAAGCAGGAAGUUGUCGUCCAGGCGUCCCGACCAAGCCAGCGGCACUGACCUCACCACGCAGAGCCAGCGCUCCAAAUCUGGCCCCCAAACCCACUGGAGGCUCACCAAAGCCUCCUGAUCCAAACCCAGUCCCACCCAAACCUACAACUGCUGCCCCGGCCACAGCCCCCAAACCUUCAGGGCCAACCCCAGUUCUAAAACCCUCAGCUCCAGCCCCAGCUCCAGCCCCAGCUCCAGCUCCAGCCCUGAGGAAAGCCCCUGUGAUCCAGACCAAACCAGAAACUACCUGCCCUGCAAACCCGAGCUCCUCAGAGCCUCCACUCCCUCCACGGCCAUCAAGUGUGAAACUCCUCCCCCUUCGUCCUCCACCAAUGAAAUCCACCCCUGGACGGCCGCCUCCUCCAGCCAUCACCUCUGCUUCCUCGGCCAACCAGAUGACUCUUCCUUCCAAACCGAGCCCCGCCCCCUCAGUUUCCCCAGCCAGUCAGUCUUCACCCUCACAAACCACUUCUUCUGUAUCAGCCAAUCAGAUGCAGGCGCAAAGGGCACCAAAGAGAGGACCACCUCUGCCCCCCCGCCCUAAACCUGGACACCCUCUCUAUAACAGCUAUGUGAAACAGGAAGUGCUGAUCGUCCUGGACGACCCGAGUCCCUCAGAGCAUCUAUCAGAUGAAGGGCAGAGUCAGCCCACUGUCACUCCACUCAUCAACCCGUCACAGUGUCUCCUGGACCUGUACACCCAACCUGAGCCUGGUCCAGAUCAGGACAGCCAAUCAAAACCUGCCUUGGAGGGCCUCAGCCUAUCAGACUCCCAGUCCAUUCUGCCUGUGCAGCCUCCUGAGCUGAAAGAACAGCCGGACCCUCCCCCUGUCAGCGGCCCUCGGUGCGUCGCCUUGUUUGAUUACGAGGGAGAGGAGGAUGACGAGCUCACCUUCUCCCAGGGUGAUGUCAUCGCCCUCCUCGAGCUCAUCGGGCAAGAGUGGGGGCGGGGCCAGAUCCACGGGCGAAUCGGGAUAUUCCCCCUGAACUUCACCGAGGUGGUGGAGCCGCCCCCACGGCCGGCGUCGUCGCCAGGGGAAACGCCAAAGCCAACAGAUGCCACAGUGACAGAAAGUAGCGCACCAAAGACCUCGCAGGACCCGGACUCAGAGUUUCAGGUCGUAUGUCCGUCUGUGCGUGUGCAGGCGAAGGAGUGGGCUGUGGCUCUGUUUGACUUCCCUGGUCAGACUGCAGAGGACCUGUCCUUCCACAAGGGGGCGCUGAUCCACGUGAUUGAGCACAUCGAUGCUGAGUGGAGGAGAGGAAGACUGGAGGGGAAGGAGGGGCUCUACCCUGCUGCCUUCACACAGUCCUGCCAGGCUCAGCCAAUGGCAGACCAGCAGUCAGCGGUUAAAGGCAUGGCCAAGUUUGACUUCACAGCAGAGAGCGAGGAUGAACUCACGCUAAAGGUUGGUGACAUCAUCACGCAGGUGGAGUCUGUGGAUGAGCAGUGGAUUCUGGGAGUUGUGGGCGGGAAGCGUGGGAUUGUGCCUAAAAACUACAUUUCUCUUCUCUGAUGAGGAAAUCUUGAAACAGCCAAUAGGAAAAGCUAGAAAAUAACUCUGUUAGCGGGUUGGUUGGUUUUGAACUGGUCACGCCCCCCAUCUGAAACCGCUACAGAGAGUUUCCUGUUCGCUGCGUUCGCGUGGACACAAACGUGAAUUCUGGUCCAGUGUUUCAGUGUUUUUCCAAAAACGUUUCCGUUUUUAAUGAAGCAGAAGCAGCUCCGUUUUUAUUGGACGCUAACUGGGAGAAACUCUGAGCUGUGAUUGGAUCGUCUCUUUGCUCGACAACCCUGUCCUAACGUCACCCCGGCAACUGAGGACUCGCUGUGCUCACCGUGACCACCCAGAAGGGGAGGGGCCUGUGCUGCCUCAAUGACGCCUCAAAACUGAUAUUACGCCGCUGAUUUUCGCCUCAGUGUCGUCCUGUCGGCUCGAUUCCUUCCUCUGGUCUCCGAUAGACUCGACGUCCCACCUGGACUGGACUUGACUUUCCUCUCUCACUGAUCCUGUUUGGUCUUCAGUCCUGACCGGCCAGAGGACUCCAAAAGUCGACCCUGAAGCUCCUAAAGCUCAACUGUUUUAGCCCUGCAUUAGUGUCAAAUGAUGAUGGGAGAUGAAAUCAUUUGGGUUUUAUUUAUUUUAAAAUGUGUCAGAGGACAGAUUCUCAAAACCAGAGGCUGAACUUUAGAGAGGAGGACUGAUUCACUUUAACUAACGAAUAGAAACUGAAUAAUGUGGAGCUUUAAGCUGGUCGGCCGCUGGGCCGGGUUUUUAGGAGCGAGGCAGGAAGUGGAGUGAGAGCGGUCGGUCGUCAGCUGACAGGAAGCGUCAGCUGUGGCGUGUUGUUGUUGUGCGACUCGUGCGAGGCCUGACCCUCCUAAAUGCUUUUAACUCGUAGGACUCAGUGAUCUGAGGGCCAAAAAUUGUCACUUUUAAGAACGUAAACUCUACGACUUUGUCAGUUGAAUUAAAAUUAACUGUCAGAAUGUUUCCUUUAUGACACU